GGUGGAGACAUCGCAAUGGUGUGGUCGACGAGGAGACAAGACUCGAAGUUGAUCGACGUAUGCGCUGCCAACUCUGUAGGAUUUGAGCAGACUAAGAAGUGCAUCAAUACGUACAAGAUGCAUCCUGCGGCUCGAUUAGCGUAUCUAAGGGAGUAUGCGAAUGGCAAUCCGUACAAAUAGGUAUGCAGUGAACUUGCUCUUUCGGUGUCUUCCAACUUAUGGCUUGUUUCGCAGUGCUUCCUCUGAUGGAAGCUUUGUGUGGAGAGAAGCAUAGAUUGAUUGUCAAUACAUUCCAA